CUGGACACGACACGACUGAGGCCUGGGCGGCUCCGAUCCCGUCUCCUCUCCUCUCCUCCGCUCCGCUCUUCAUCCACUGCCGGCGCGGCGCGGCACGGCACGAGGCAGGGUUCCGCAGCUCAGUCCCUCACCUCGAUGGACGCGCUCGCCGCCGCCUGCUUGUGCUCCCGCCGCCGCCGCGCCCGGCGCCUCCUCCUAGCUGCCGCGGCCGCCACCGCCGGAUACGGCCUCUACCGUCUCUACCGCCACCAUCGCCGCCGCCUCAUCGCCGCCCUCACCCUCGCCGACGCCGUCUCCCUGGUCGGUUCCGACCUCGCCGACUUCCUCCGCUCCGACUCCGACCAAGUGCCCCGGAGCCUCCUCCAGCUCUCCAAGCUCGCCGCCUCCGAACCCAUCUCCUCCGCCGCCUCGUCCCUCUCCGAGUCCGUCGCAUCCGGGGUUCUCCGCGCCAUCUCCACUCACCGCCAAUUACAGCAACAGCAGCUGCAAAACCCCCAAACCCCGCUCCAAGAUCGGAUCUUGGACCGACUCCUCUCCCCCGCCGGGGCAGGAUUCGCCUCCGCCGUUGUCGGAAGCUUCGCCAGGAACCUCGUCUUGUCCUCCUGCCACGCCCGCACCGCCGAGGCCGGAGCCCGCGAGGAGCCCGAGUGGCUGGCCGCGCUCUGCAGCGCCAGGGGCAAGGAGGCAGCGGCGGAGCUCGUCCGGGUCUUCGUUAGCACCGCCGUCGCAGCCUACCUCGACCGGACUGUCGCCGUGCGCAGCAGCGACCAGGUGUCCGCCGGCCUCUCCGACCCCAAGCACGAGGCCAAGGUCAAGGACCUCGCCGUCUCCGUCUGUAACGGCGCUGUCGAGACAUUCCUCAGGACGUCGCGGCAGUUGGCCAAGGAGGCCUCCGUUGCUCGGACUGAGGCGGCGACCAUGGAGCCUAAGGCGCCCAAUUCAGACACCAACUACGUGAUGCAGAGGGUGUCGAGCACACUGGCCAUGCCGAGCAACAGGAGGUUCGUGCUGGAUGUCACAGGCAGGGUGACUGCGGAGACGGUCCGGUCGUUCCUCGACUUCCUGGCGCAGAGGGUGUCUGAUGGAGCCAGGAAGAGCAUUGUCAUCGCCCGUGAUGAGGUCGCCGAGAGGGGACUCGUCGCCGUCAAGUACCUCGGCGCCAAAUCCAUGGCCGUGUUAACCAUCUCCCUGGCAUUGUGCAUGCACAUUUUGAUGGGAACCAGGUUCCUAUUGCCGGCCUAGCUUCUACCUAGCUGGGUGGGAGCUGGAAUUCCAUUUCCAGGCAAUGGAGAUUCCAAUGCUGAUUUGGAGUAUGCCCUUGACUACCAUAUUUAUCCCUUUCAUCCACGAUGUGGAGAACAUUUCGCACACCUGCAACUCAGCUCAAUGCAUGUGGUACAAUGAGUUAAACAAUUUAAAUUCCUACCUUAGGAGUGCCUGUUGGGGUUGAAUUGAUUGCUGCAAUAAGAGACAACAGUGUAAGGUUAGCGGGUCUGUAACUCUAUAUAUUACCAGAGUACCAGACUUGUGCCAUCCUGUCCUAUCUAGUGCCAGCAGCAUGAGCCAUCUAGUAUCCAAAGCAACUUGGGUUCGGAAUGGGUGGUACUGGGAAUGGUUGUGACUCUUGGUGCAGACAAGCCUCCACCUAGUGUAUUCCUGAACUGUAGUAUCACCAUCCUUCCUCAGGGAACUGCAGAAUCAGAAGCACCCAUUGAUCAUGGGAAGAAUAAAAAAAAUAUUUUCCUAUAAGUUAUGUCCUGAACACUGGAUUAUUUAAGAUGCUUUUGGAGGGCCUAUAUAUAUUUUUUUGGUACGUACAAGUCAUGUAAUACAUCUCCUGGGUAAGAUACACUUUGGAGUCAAUUUGUAAGGACAGGUGAAGCCAAAAGGGCUGUGUCUAUGUUUUGCUUUGGUGACUUUUGUUGGUCUUUUUGAUGUUGAGAUGCCAAAAAAGUUCAGAGGUUAAUUGUGUAAUAUGUUACGUUGAAUCAAUGGAGUGAUAAAUCAAUACUCUCAUGUCUACUCAUUUCUAUUGAAGACAAGUUAGUUUUGCAAUGGACUGGAAUAUGGAUAAUACAAACCCAAAUUGAUAUGAACCCACUAUUCUAGCUAUCUAUUUUGUGCUGAGUUUGGUACAGAAAUUGAAACUUCAUUUUGAUUCGUUUCCCGCAUAGGGAGUUAUACCAUGUAUGCAUUUCAUUUCUUUGGGAUUGUCUAGUUCCCUGCAUAUUCGUAAAAGAUCAGUAUUUAUUAAUAAAAGGCGACUUGUCAUACACUGUAAUUGUAUAUCAGAAAAUAAAUGAUCAAUGUUGGACACCCCCAGUUUGAUUCUUCUUGUUUCUGGUGUAAGGUCUGAUAUGUUAUACUGUUUCUGUUUCAUAGCAGGUCUGUCUUUGUUAAUCAUCUAAUUUGAAUGUUCUUUAUCUGCCUGUGUAAGUCCGAGCAAGCUAGUUUGAUUGUUCUUGAACUGCCUGCCUGUGCAAAUCAUCAACUAGCGUGAGCAGGGAGUUCUAUUUGCUCCUGCUUGAUAGUUAUGGUAUAGUCUUUGGUACAUACAAAGGGAGGAUGAAGUUACUAUAAGAACUGAGUUUGUGUUUUUGCAUCCCCCAACUUUUUGGUCCUUUAUUUCUUGUUUUGUUU